AACCCAAAGAUUUCCUCAUAAUAUAAUCCUCCAAGGCUCAAACCUUAAUCAAACAAAAACCAAUCAAAUGGAGAGCAGUGUGCUAAGAAUGGCGAAAAAGAAUCCGGUGGUGAUCUUCAGCAAGAGCUCUUGCUGCAUGAGCUACAGCAUCAAGUCCCUUUUCUCCGACCUAGCUGUCUACCCGGCGGUGUACGAGCUCGACGAGAUCCCGACCGGCCGGGAAAUCGAGCAGGCUCUGGCCAGAAUGGGCUGCAACCCCACUGUUCCUGCGGUGUUUGUCGGCGGCGCGUUGGUCGGGGGAGAAAGUGAAGUUAUGAGUCGUCACCUCCAAGGCUCUUUGGAGCCCAUGCUCAAAAGGGCAGGAGCUAAAUGGGUUUAACGUACUCUAUUAUUUACUUAUAAUAAUAAUAAUAAUAAUAA